AUGGGAACCCUUUCGGCGCCUUCCUCUCACUCAAAGACCAGCCGGACCAGGACCUCUGAGAGACCCCAUAUCACAGAGCUUCCGAUGACAUGGAGAAACUGGUGGAAGUAUGCGGACUGGCUCAACGUAUACUUUGUCGUUAUAAUCCCGUUGAUCGGGUGCUACUGGGCCUGGUUUACCCCGUUGCAGACAAAGACAGCUAUCUGGGCCAUCAUCUAUUAUUUCAACACCGGCAUCGGCAUUACCGCUGGUUACCACCGAUUGUGGGCCCAUACGUCUUACUCUGCAACCAUGCCAUUGAAGAUCUACCUUGCAGCCGUCGGCGCCGGUGCUGUCGAGGGUUCCAUUAAAUGGUGGGCUCGCGGGCAUCGUGCACAUCACCGUUACACUGACACCGACAAGGACCCUUAUUCCGUUCGGAAAGGUCUUCUUUAUUCCCAUAUCGGAUGGAUGCUCAUGAAGCAGAACCCAAAACGGAUCGGUCGGACCGAUAUCACCGAUCUCAACGAGGACCCGUUGGUGAUCUGGCAACAUAAGCACUACAUUCCUGUUGUUGCCUUAAUGUCCUUGAUCUUCCCAAUGUCGGUUGCCGGUUUAGGCUGGGGGGACUGGAAAGGUGGUUUCAUCUACGCCGGCAUUCUCAGAAUUUUUUUUGUUCAACAAGCUACCUUCUGCGUUAAUUCAUUGGCUCAUUGGCUUGGAGAUCAACCUUUCGACGACAUAAACUCUCCACGAGAUCACGUACUCACCGCGCUUGUGACCCUCGGAGAAGGUUAUCACAAUUUCCAUCACGAAUUCCCUAGUGACUACCGAAACGCCAUCGAAUGGUUCCAAUACGACCCCACGAAAUGGGCCAUUUGGACCUGGAAACAGCUUGGUCUUGCUUAUGACCUCAAACAGUUCAAGUCUAACGAGAUCGAGAAAGGUCGACUUCAACAGAUGCAAAAGAAACUGGAUCGAAUCCGUGCCAAACUCGAUUGGGGUAUCCCUCUUGGCCAACUUCCAAUCAUCGAGUUUGAAGACUUUCAGGAGCAAGCUCGCAACGGAAAAGCACUCAUCGCGGUCGCUGGUGUCAUCCACGAUGUUGGUGACUUUAUCAAAGACCACCCCGGUGGCGGGGCUAUGAUAAAUUCUGGCAUCGGAAAAGACGCCACUGCCAUGUUCAAUGGCGGUAUUUACAAUCAUUCGAACGCCGCGCACAACUUGCUCUCAACCAUGAGAGUUGGUGUUAUUCGCGGUGGAUGCGAGGUUGAAGUUUGGAAGCAAGCACAACAGGAGAACAAGGAUAUUUCCUUCGUUAAUGAUUCUACUGGUGCAAGGAUCGCCCGUGCUGGCGCUCAGGUUACCCGGAUUCCAGAACCCAUCAUUCCCGCCCAACCCGCUUAA